AUGGGGGCACUGCUGGGGCUGCUGGUGCUGCUGGGCCUGGCGGGGCGGCCGUCCGGGGAGCUGCGCGUCACCGCCACGUGGGUGACAGUCCCGCGGCAGUUGAGGCCCCGGGCCGACGCCAACCCCCUGGCCGUCUUCUACUGGCUGCAGCUGGAGGGGCGGCCGCGGGUGCUGCGCCUGCGGCCCAGGCGGGGUCUGGUCGCCCACCCCUUCACCUUGGUCACCUACGGCAAGGACGGGGCCCGCUGGGAGGAGCGCCCCUUCGUGCGGGACAACUGCUUCUACCAGGGCGAGGUGGAGGGGAGCCCCGGCUCUCUGGCGGCCCUCGGCACCUGCGGCAGGGGCCUCCGCGGCGUACUCUGGGUGGAGGAUGGCACCUACGAGAUCGAGCCCGUCCCCGACGAUCCGGCCUUUCGGCACGUCCUCUACCGUGUGGAGGAGGCCAACGACACCGGGGGUCCCGCUUGCGGGCUGACCCCGGCGGAGCUGCAGCACCAGAAGGCUUUGCUGCCGUGGUUCAAGGCCCCCCGGGCGGCGGAGGAGGAGAUGCUGAAGGACUGGUGGACGCACGUCAGGUACGUGAAGAUGAUAGUGGUCAUGGACAAUGUCCGGUUUGUGAAGUCGGGCAGGAACGAAUCUGAAGUCUUGAGGCAAGUCCUAGAAAUCAUCAACAUUGGGGACUCUCUGUACGAACAGCUUUCUGUUCGGCUGUUUCUUGUGGGAUUGGAGAUCUGGACCAAAAGCAACCUGAUAAACAUUACUAACUCUGUCAACAAGGUGCUUGACAGCUUUAACAAAUGGCGAAAGUCAAACCUGUCUCCACGGAUGCGCCACGAUACCGCUCACUUAUUUGCAUUUCAGAGCUUUGGAAGGAGCCUGGGAUUGGCGUUUCUAGGGUCCAUAUGUGAUAACCAGUGGUCAUCAGCAGUUGUUUCCUUCACUGAUAGGAAGUUGUCCUCGUUUAUUACCACAUUUGUCCAUGAGCUGGGCCAUACUCUUGGGAUGCGCCAUGAUGAACGGGGCUGUAAAUGCAGACGAAGGAGAUGCUUUAUGUACGAAAGCGAUGUUGACACUGAUGCAUUCAGUGACUGCAGUUACAAAGACUAUUUUGACCUGCUUGGGCGUGGCGCCGGCUGCCUUCGUCAACCACCGGCACCCGGCACUUUCUACACCAUGAAGCGUGAAUACUGUGGGAAUAAGAUAGCAGAAAGCGGAGAGCAAUGUGACUGUGGUUCAGAAUCAAACUGCGGAAAGGAUCCUUGUUGUCACCCAAACUGUACAUUUACUGCAGGUUCAGUCUGUGCUUCUGGAAGAUGCUGCAAGAGCUGCCAAGUACUUCCAGCAGGAACGCUCUGCAGGGCAAGUAUUGGUGACUGUGACCUGCCAGAGUAUUGCAAUGGGACUUCCCCUUGGUGCCCACUGGACGUGUACGUACAAGAUGGAACCCUGUGCAAAGAUGGUGCUUAUUGCUAUCAAGGAAAAUGUUCUUCCCACAGUAAACAGUGCCAGCAUCUCUUUGGCAAAAAAGCCAGGGCCGCUCCUUUAGAUUGCUUCAAAGCAGUGAAUACUCGAGGUGACCGGUUUGGGAAUUGCGGUAUUCGUAACAAUAUCCAUUUUACAAAGUGCAGUAUAGAGAAUAUCUUAUGUGGUAGGAUCCAAUGUGAAAACAUACACAAAUUGCCUUUCUUGCAGAACCAUGUAACGCUAGUCCAAACCCCUGUUGGAAAUAAAAAGUGUUGGGGUCUUGACUAUCACAUAGGGAUGCCGAUAGCUGAUGUGGGAGCUGUGGAAGAUGGCACGCCAUGUGGUAGCGAUAUGCUUUGUAUCAACAGGACAUGUACCAGUAUAUCGCUGCUGAACUACGACUGCAACGUGACAAAGUGUCAUGACAGAGGAGUGUGUAACAAUCGUAAGAACUGUCACUGCAGGUACGGCUGGGCUCCUCCGUAUUGUGAAUGGGAAGGACUUGGAGGUAGCAUUGACAGUGGGCCCCCUCCAGCCACGGAGAUUUUUCAGAGAGCAAAAAUAGGAGUAACACUGCUUGGUCUUAUUUUUCUCUGUAUCCUUGGAGUAACCCUUACCAUAUGUUAUAAACAGGAAAUAGUGGGAUGGCUUAGGGCAAAAAGGCCCAAUUCCACAGAAGAAGAUAGCAGUUGUUUCAAAUACUGGAAACACAAGCAGUUCCUAAAGAAGAACACCUGCUGCUGAGUCAAAAUCCACCACGAAGCACUUGCUGAAGACCAACAAGCAGUAGCUUUGGAUGCUCCUGGGGAAAUCUCCCUUGAGCAGAGCCAGCUGAUAACUCAUCAAAAUAAUUCAACGUGUUCUGAAUAGUUCUAAUCUAAUGUGAUACCAUUAAAUGCAGAGUAAAUGUUAUCUUUGUUUAUUUUAAGUUAAUAAAUGCAGGCAGUAAGGCAUGCUGUUCCUUGCACCUCGAGCUCUUAAACUGAAGUAGUUAGGUAAACUGUAGGUAUAGCUUUUAUGCUUCAUAGCAACAGUUUACAAAUGUAAACUCUUUAAAACAGGUGUAAAUAAAUUACUCCUUCAUCUAAUGUUUUCUCCAGCUCAGGGAGAGAGAUAUUCAUGAACAUCUGGCUUCUGUCAUUCAUCAAUAACCAAAGAGAAAAAAUUGCUCUUGCAGUCUCUAUUUAAUUCACAUCUGUGACACGCAAGCAGGCAAGAAACAGGUAUUGCAGUGAGAUGCAGGUGUCUGUGGCAUAAGCCCUUGCAACUGUUUCCAGGGAGUAGCCCUUCAGGAGGGAGAUAGAUCAUAGGGAACAGGGUCUUCAUUUUGUGAGACGACAGAGAAGUAUUAUCCAGGUCACGCCAGUAAGCAUUACACUUCUGAGCCAUCAGAUAUACGUCAAGAGUGUAGUGACACCAGACCUGACAUUUCACAAGAACAAGUUGUCUUUCUUUUCUGGAAACUUUCCCGUGCCUUGACUGUUGGGUUCUUUUGAGAACUGCUCUGUAUUUUACUGUCUCUUAAGAGGAGCUGUCUGUGAGGUUGCACAAGUUAGCUGGAUUUCUAAAAUAUUUGGAAUUAUUCUGCAAGUCUCCUCCACCCAGAAUUCCUGCAAUAUUUGGUAGAUGUUUUAUCUAACUAUCUUAGGGGGUUUCUCUUGGUUUACUUUGUGAUUGCUUCUUAAGCUAUCACUGAAUAGGUCCUCACAGCUCUACGGAGUGCUACACAGAAGCAUUGUAUUUUUUAUUUUUUAACAGAUAAAAUGUGUCUAACUUACGGAAAAAAUAUGGGGGAUGUGGAAAUACCAUUCACAAAGUUUUAUUUUUAUUAUUUAUAUUAUAGCAGUGAUUAGGUCUUUCAACCAGAUCAGCAUAAAGAGGAGUCUGUAGUCCAGAUUUAUGGUGAAAACUUUAUUUUAAAGGACUGGUGUUUCUGGAUUAAGGGCUAUAAUGCACUUGUCUGCUACCAAAAGAAUUAUUUGUAUUUGGAAAGCAAAGACCACAUUUUUAGCAAACAUUCUAUAAAGGCAGGAUAAGUACCCCAACACUUGCACUGUUUGGGAGGAAAUACGUUAGUGACUCUACAAAUGAUGACAGUAAACUCUUGUUGACUCCCUUGUAUGAUAUUUAUGUUUUUAGAAUACACAUUUUCCUGUACUUUUUUUUAACAUGAUUGUGUUCUGCAUCCAAAAAGGGCUGGUUACAUUAUGAUUGGAUGUGAAAUACAAAGGAUGUGAUUCACAGUUCUUCAUGGCUUUUUGUCUAAAGCAAAUGGGUCCUUAAAUUGUUAUCUAUAUUUGUUCUGGGGAAAUGAGGUAACACAUUGUUUGUUCAGCACGCUAUGCUUAUUGUCUUGAUACAAAAUGGAUGGUUUUGAUUAGAUGAAGAAAACUUAAUCCUGUGUUUAUGUCAAAAGACAAGAUAACUGCCCCUUCACUGACA